AGAGCUCAGGGCAAACACCAUCUGAAGGUUGGGAGAUUGGAGGAAACUUUUAUUUUGAAGACGCCAAGGGGGGUGGGGCUUCAUUUCCUGACAGCUAUUUACUUAGAGCAAAUGAUUAGUUUUAGAAGGAUGGACUAUAACAUUGAAUCAAUUACAAAACGCGGUUUCUGAGCCCAUUGCAGUUGGAGCUAGAGGGAGAGAAACAGAGGAGGGGACUGCCAGGGGGACUGGAGGCCGUGGACACACUUUUUACUGCAGAUGUAGGAUAUUCAUUGCGAAUUGACAUAAGAGGAGAAGUUUUCCGGAGCUAUGGGGACUUCCCAUCUGGCACUCCUGGUCCUAGGCUGUCUCCUCGCAGGGCCGAGCCUAAUCCUCUGCCAGCUUUCACUACCCUCUAUCCUCCCAAACGAAAAUGAAAAGGUUGUGCAGCUGAAUUCAUCCUUUUCUCUGAGAUGCUUUGGGGAGAGUGAAGUGACCUGGCAGUACCCCAUGUCUGACGAGGACCCCAAUGUGAGGAUCAGAAACGAGGAGAACAACAGUGGCCUUUUUGUGACGGUGCUGGAAGUGGCCAACGCCUCGGCGGCUCACACGGGGUUGUACACUUGCUAUUACAACCACACGCAGUCAGAAGAGAACGAGAUUGAAGGCAGUCACAUUUACAUCUACGUGCCAGACCCAGAUGUAGUCUUCGUGCCUCUGGGAAUGACAGACUAUUUAGUCAUUGUGGAGAACGACGAUUUUGCCAUCAUACCUUGUCGCACGACUGACCCUCAGACUCCGGUGACCUUGCUCAGCAGUGACGGGGUGGUCCUCGCUGACUAUGACAGCCGGCAGGGCUUCAACGGGACCUUCUCGGGUGGGCCCUAUGUGUGCGAGGCCAUCGUCAGGGGGAAGAAGUUCCACUCCAUCCCAUUUAACAUUUAUUCUGUCAAAGCAACAUCAGAACUCGAUCUAGAAUUGGAAGCCCCGAAAACUGUCUACAUGGCAGGGGAAACCAUUGUGCUCACCUGCAUCGUCUUGAACAACGAGGUGGUUGACUUUCAGUGGACUUACCCUGGAGAAGUGAAAAACAAAGGCGUCGUAAUGCUGGAGGAAAUCAAGGACCCAUCCAUCAAACUGGUGCACACCCUGAUGGUCCCCAAGGCCACGGUGAAAGACAGUGGAGAUUACGAAUGUAUCGCCCGCCUGGCCACCAGGGAGGUCAAAGAGAUGAAGAAAGUCACCAUUGCUGUCCACGAGAAAGGGUUCAUUGAAAUCCAGCCCGGCUUCAGCCAGCUGGAAGCUGUCAACCUGCAUGAAGUCAAACAUUUUGUGGUGGACGUGCAGGCCUACCCGCCGCCCAGGAUAUCCUGGCUGAAGGACAACCUGACUCUGAUCGAAAACCUCACCGAGAUCACCACCGACAUAGAAAAGGUCCAGGAGAUCAGGUACCGAAGUAGAUUAAAGCUGAUCCGUGCUAAGGAGGAAGACAGUGGCCAUUACACUAUUGUCGUUCAAAAUGAAGACGACAUGAAGAGCUACACUUUUGAACUCUUAACUCAAGUUCCCGCAUCUAUUCUGGACUUGGUCGACGACCACCAUGGCUCCACGGGGGGACAGACCGUGAGAUGCACAGCUGCAGGGACACCUCUUCCUGAAAUUGAGUGGAUGAUUUGCAAGGAUAUUAAGAAAUGUAAUAAUGAGACUUCAUGGGCGAUUUUGGCCAACAACAUCUCAAACAUCGUCACGGAGGUCUACCGCCAGGACAGGAGUAGGGUGGAGGGCCGGGUGACGUUCGCCAAAGUGGAGGAGACCAUUGCGGUUCGAUGUCUGGCUAAGAAUCUCCUUGGUGUUGAGAACCGAGAGCUGAAGCUGGUGGCUCCCACUCUGCGUUCUGAGCUCACGGUGGCAGCCGCAGUCCUGGUGCUAUUGGUGAUUGUGAUCAUCUCACUGAUUGUCCUGGUUGUCAUUUGGAAACAGAAACCAAGGUAUGAAAUUCGCUGGAGGGUCAUUGAAUCAAUCAGCCCCGAUGGACACGAAUAUAUUUAUGUGGACCCGAUGCAGCUGCCUUAUGACUCGAGAUGGGAGUUUCCAAGAGACGGACUAGUGCUGGGUCGUAUACUGGGAUCUGGUGCGUUUGGGAAGGUUGUUGAAGGAACUGCCUACGGAUUAAGCCGGUCCCAACCGGUCAUGAAAGUAGCAGUGAAGAUGCUUAAACCCACAGCCAGAUCCAGUGAAAAACAAGCCCUCAUGUCUGAACUGAAGAUAAUGACCCACCUGGGGCCGCAUUUAAACAUUGUCAACCUGUUGGGCGCCUGUACCAAGUCAGGCCCCAUUUACAUCAUCACUGAAUACUGCUUUUAUGGGGAUUUGGUCAACUACUUACAUAAGAAUAGGGACAGCUUCCUGAGCCACCACCCAGAGAAGCCAAAGAAAGAGCUGGACAUCUUUGGAUUAAAUCCUACCGAUGAAAGCACACGGAGUUAUGUUGUUUUAUCUUUUGAAAACAAUGGUGACUACAUGGACAUGAAGCAAGCUGACACCACACAGUAUGUCCCCAUGCUGGAAAGGAAAGAGGUUUCUAAAUACUCGGACAUCCAGAGGUCGCUGUAUGACCGCCCAGCCUCAUACAAGAAGAAGUCUAUGUUAGACUCAGAAGUCAAAAACCUCCUUUCGGAUGAUAACGCAGAAGGCCUGACUUUGUUGGAUUUGUUGAGCUUCACCUAUCAAGUUGCUCGAGGAAUGGAGUUUUUGGCUUCAAAGAAUUGUGUCCACCGGGACCUGGCCGCUCGCAACGUCCUCCUGGCACAAGGGAAAAUCGUGAAGAUCUGCGACUUUGGCCUGGCCAGAGACAUCAUGCAUGACUCGAACUACGUAUCGAAAGGCAGCACCUUCCUCCCUGUGAAGUGGAUGGCUCCUGAGAGCAUCUUCGACAACCUCUACACCACGCUGAGCGACGUCUGGUCUUACGGCAUUCUGCUCUGGGAGAUCUUUUCCCUGGGUGGCACACCCUACCCUGGCAUGAUGGUUGAUUCUACUUUCUACAAUAAGAUCAAGAGUGGGUACCGGAUGGCCAAGCCUGACCAUGCCACCAGUGAAAUCUACGAGAUCAUGGUGAAGUGCUGGAACAGUGAGCCGGAGAAGAGACCCUCCUUUUACCACCUGAGAGAGAUUGUGGAGAACCUGCUGCCUGGACAGUAUAAAAAGAGUUAUGAAAAGAUUCACCUGGAUUUCCUGAAGAGCGACCAUCCUGCUGUGGCGCGCAUGCGAGUGGAUGCUGACAACGCCUACAUUGGCGUCACCUACAAAAACGAGGAGGACAAGCUGAAGGACUGGGAGGGUGGCCUGGACGAGCAGAGGCUGAGCGCUGACAGCGGCUACAUCAUCCCUCUGCCUGACAUCGACCCCAUUCCUGAGGAGGAAGACCUGGGCAAGAGGAACAGACACAGCUCGCAGACCUCUGAAGAGAGUGCCAUUGAGACAGGUUCCAGCAGCUCCACCUUCAUCAAGAGAGAGGACGAGACCAUUGAGGACAUCGACAUGAUGGAUGACAUUGGCAUAGACUCCUCAGACCUGGUGGAGGACAGCUUCCUUUAACUUGCGGAUUCGAGGGGUACCUUCCACUCCCGGAGCCACCGUGGAUCCUAUUGAGAAAACCACUUUAUUGCAAUGCAAAGUUUGAGAGGAGGACUCGGAUGAUGUGUAAAGAGAAGCUCCCAGCCCAGGGCCUCCGGGAGCCCUCUACGUGUGAGUGAAUGGGAUAUUUUGAAAUGAACUUCUUCAGCGUUGCCUCUUGCAAUGCUUCAGUAGCAUCUCAGCGUGUGAAGUUUGGAGGUAGUUGGACAAGGAAAUAAUGGACCACACAAGACGAACUUUGUGUUUCAAGGCAUUGGUGAGAUUCCAACAUACACAAGUUUUGUUGCAACAAAACUCCAGCAUUGUAAUUAUGUAAAUAACUCUAACCAAGGAUGUGUUUAGUUUUGUAUUAACUGUCUGCUCUGGACCUCUGAAGAGACCGACCACUCAACCCAUCCAUGUACUUCCUGUUUGAAACCUGGUAUCAGCUGCUGUUGAACUUUCUAAUGAAGUACAUGCAAAACCACUUUUGAACCUUAAAAGGUACUGGUACUAUAGCAUUUUACUUUGUGUUUUUUUUUUAGUGUUAAAGAGAUAAAGGCUAAUGAUUAACCAACCUUGUUUAAUAGAUUUGGGUCAUUUAGAAGCCCAACAUCUCAUUUUUAUAUUGUAAUCUAUGUUUAUAAUAAUACUACUGUUAUCAGUAAUGCUAAAUGUGUAAUAUGUAACACGUCUUCCCUACAAAGAAAGCACAAUUUUUUAAAAAAAUCCUUACUAAGUAGGUUGACAGUUUUUGACAUUUAUAUUAAAUAACAUAUGUUUCUCUAUAAAAUAUGGUAAUAGCUUUAGUGGAUUAAAUUUAGUUGAACAUAGAGAACAAAAUAAAAGUAGUGUCUUCCAGGAAGUCAGAGUUUUUACCUACGUACUGAACAGGUCCCCUAACCCGUUGUACUAAAAACAAUUAACUACCCUCAGAAGUGAUGGGAUUGGAAACAAAUAAGCAAAACCCUUGAAUCCUAAAUAUCCUCGAUAUAAAGGCAUAAGCCUAUGACUAACAUGACUUCUUAUGGAAAAUACAAUCAUCAGCAAAAAGAUGGCAUUUGCCGAGACUUUACUCAUGCCUGGUGAUAACUUUGGUGGAUCCCAACGUAUAUGUUUUUAAAAUUCUACAGACCCUAAAAGAGGCAGAAGAAUAUCCUGAAUAUGAGCCCUUUUUCUUCUUCUCUUACCCCGAGGAGAAAUAGUUUGAAACUCUGAGCCCAUAAAGGCAUUGCUUAGUGAAGGCUGUGUGUGCCUUCAUCUGGAUCUUUGGUUCCCAAACGGAACUGGCAACCAGAAUCCCCUGAUGGUAAGUCCUCGUCCCAGAGAUUCUGAAUGACUAGAUCUUGGGGGAGCAGAAACCUGUAUUUUUAUAAACACCCUGGCUGUUCUGAUCAGCCGGGUCUGGAAAAUACCAGCGUAGGUUACAGGAAACAGCCAUGGGAAAAAAAUAAUUUGAAAUUAGGAACUGGGCUGCUGUUGAAAUCUUUGGCUUCGGGUCAGUGCCACUUAAUGCCACAUAGCUAGCAAUCGCUAUCCUUAAUUUAACUUUUCAGUCUUUGCUGAGGCUGACCGUGCUAAAUCUUGGUUGGCAGGUCUUCUAAAAGUAAAGGCACUGCUGCCCACAGCAUGGGGGAGCUGAACUCCCCCUUCCCUCAGCCCCAAAAUGCAUGUACAAAAACGAUGUGCCAAGUCUCUAGAACCAGGCCAAUAUUUUGGUGAAAAAAAGAAAAGUUUUUUCUGAUAUUUUGGGGUUAGAUGGGAGGACAAAUUGUCACAUCAAUCCAAACUGUCAAACUGGUUGGCGUGGGUUCAUUGGCAUUCUUUGCAAUGCCGCUUAAUCUCUGCCACCAUAUGAAUGAAACAUGGGCUGUGAUUACUGCAAUCACUGCGUACGCUCCUGACAGGUGAUGCUUUGAAAGAUGUAAAAGCAAUAACAAGGUACUUGACUACCUACUGGUGUAAUCUCAGUGCAAGCUCAACUUUCUUACCCACCUUUUUCAUAGCGUGAAGACUGAGCCAGAUUGGCCAAUUAAAAAGCAAACCUAACUAGGUCCUGUAGAGCCAAUUAGACUUGAAAUACAUUUGUAUUUCUAGAAUCACAGCUCAAGCAUUCUGUUUAUCACUCGCUCUCCCGUGUGUAGACUUCUUUUGUUGCUACUUUGCAUUUUGAUAUUCCGUUGAGUCUUGCGUGACAUCAUCAGGCUGGAGAAGAUUUUCAGACCAGCAGGUUCCAGUCCUAACAAAUGCUCCCCCCAGAGUUUGUGUGUCAUUGCAUUUUGUUGUUGUUUUUGUUUUGUAAAAAAACAGCGUUUUCAGUGUAUCACAGAUUUGUUUCCUUUAUGGCCUACUGCAAAGUCCCCAGAUGAAAAUUUGCCAAUCAUUCCUGCUUUCUGUUUUUAUGAAGACAAUCAAAGCUGGCCUGAGAAACAAAAUUUGUGACUUUUAAAAUGAUCUAUGAUGUCCUUAAAAUGUGGUCUGCCAACCUGUAACAAAAUGGUCCUAUUUUUGUGAAGAGGGACGUAAGAUACAAUGAUGUUAUACAUCAAUAUGUAUAUAUGUAUUUCUAUAUAGACUUGGAGAAUACUGCCAAAACAUUUAUGACAAGCUGUAUCACUGCCUUUGUUUAUAUUUUUUUAACUGUGAUAUUCCCCACAGGCACAUUAACUGUUGCACUUUUGAAUGUCCAAAAUUUAUAUUUUAGAAAUAAUAAAGAGAAAAAUACGUAAGUGUUCCCGAAA